AUGUCGGGCUACGCCAACGUCUUCACCUCAGACCGUCUCAUCUACGAGCCCCUCGACCCUAAAGACUCCAAAACAAAAGACUUCUACUACAGCCUCAAACGCGAUCCCAAUGUCGACGUCUUUGUCGAUAUCAACGUCCUCAGCCCCCGCUGCCGCAGCGACUUGGACGAAAAGUCCUGGGAAGACCGCAUGAACGCAGAUCUCUUCAAGGCCGUCAUCUGUAUCAAGCCCGACAACUGGGACGAACUGGCUUCCCAGCCAGGCACAUCCGCUCUGCGCGGCAUCCCCAUUGGAUUCAUCGUCAUCUUUGGAAGUCCUGCCACAUUUGCCUCACACCGCCGCGGCACCCUGGGCAUCUCCUUGUCCACACAGUACCACGGCAAGGGCUACGGCACCGAGGCGCUGAUCUAUCUGCGCGACUGGGCCUUUCGCUUCGGCAACCUCCACAGCCUGAGCCUCGACGUGGCGAGUUUCAACGAGAAAGCUAUUGGCAUGUACAAAAAGGUCGGCUUUGUCGAGGAGGGUAGGAUGAGAGAGGCCCUCUACUUUGACGGCGAGUGGCGGGACGCCCUCAGUAUGUCUAUUCUGCGCCAGGAGUGGGAUGAGAUACAGAAGAAGAAGAAUGCGGCCGUUCAGGAGAAAUAA